CCACCAUAAUGUUCUUCGGUAGAAGGUCACGGUGCGUAAAGCGAUAGCACAAUUACUCGGGAUUGAUGCCAUUAAAUGAUUGAACCAUGCCAGUCCUACAGCUGAUUGUCCGCAGCGGCACGAAAAAAAAAACUGCGUUAAGUAUUUCCGAGAAUCGCAGACCGAGAAGAAGACGUGUUUUUUUGUUCUUUUUUUUUUGGGGGGGGGACAAGCAAGGUGCGGAAGGCACGACCUGUUACAGAUCCAAUAAUCCUGGCCUGCGUCAUCCCUAUUUGAUUCACCAGAAGCUUUAGCGCUCUACAUAUUGAGGUCAGAGAUUCCGCUGGCAGCGAAUCCACCCCUGCAUCGAGAGAUACUCCUUUGAUCUCCAUAAUACAUACACCAUACACCAAUAGGACUGGCAUUCGAUUUUGACAAAAGCACUUUCAACGGUAUGCUGGGGGCGGAGUAUUAAGACACACAAUAAUGAAGAAGUCUGCUACGUACAUCCUGUGCGCUGAACCUGGGCAAGAGAUAGUGGCACGGGCACUCUUUGCAAUGCACAUGCAUAUAACCUCCUUUGACAAAUUGAGUCCGCCAUGCUUUAGGACUACUCCUUCUGAGAUCUUGAGUACAUUGUGCCACCUACCCUUCCCAGAGAGAACUUUCACGACAUUGAGGGAUUCAAGGUCGUGGAAUGAUUUGGGCAAUGAGAGUUCCAGUUUCUUUGAGAAAGAACGACGGGGCAUUUUGGGCGUGGGUUGGAGCAAAGCCUGUACCCCUAGUGAAAAGCAGCGCUGCAUUCCAUCCAGCCACGAAGUUCUUGUCCCACCACCGCUGCCCGCAGCAAUGGACAGCAGUACCGUGACUGUCUAUUCAGCUCCUAUCGACCACAAGAAUAAAGUCAUCGCCGAUAUUUUCACGCUUGUGGUAUCUUCCCAAACACUUGUCGCAGUGUUAAAGGGGAAGGUCAAGAAGAGGAUGACGCUUGAAGCGUACUGUUCCAGGAAAUGGCGGAGGUCAGACUGACAAGGUAGAAGCUUGUGGAUACGAGGUAAACCAAUAUCGAUUGGAGGAGUCCGAGAGUUU